AUGAGCAUCGGCAUCCCCAUUAGCAUCACCAUCGCCAUCCCCGUCACCAUUGCCAUCAUUGUCACCAUCACUGUCACCAUCCCCAUCAUCACCAUCCCCACCAUUGUCACCAUCCCCAUCCCCGUCACUACUACCAUCACCAUCAUGAUCACCAUGAGCAUCGCCACCCCCAUCACCAUUACAUCAGCAUCACCAUUAGCAUCACCAUCACCUUCGACAUCCCCGUCACCAUUGCCAUCAUUGUCACCAUCAUUGUCACCAUCACUGUCACCAUCCCCAUCAUCAUCACCAUCCCCACCAUUGCCACCAUCCUCAUCCCCAUCACUCACCACCAUCGCUGUCGCCAUCCCCACCAUUGUCACCCUUUCCAUCCCUGUCGCUGUCGCCAUCACCAUCACCGUCGUGAUCACCAUUAGCAUCCCCAUACCCGUCCCCAUCACCAUUAUGCCAUUGUUAAAGGAGGAGCCAUCCCCAUCACCGUCCCCAUCGCUGUUACCCGUCCCCGUCACCGUCCCUGUCACCAUCCCCAUCCCCAUCCCCAUCAUCCCCAUCGCCGUCCCUGUUACUAUUGUCAUCUCCAUUAACGUCCCGCUCACUGUUACCAUCACCGUUACUAUCACCUUCACCAUCAUGAUCCCUAUCCCAGUCACUGUCACCAUUACCAUGACCGUCACCAUCAGUCUCCCCAUCACCAUUACCUUUACCAUUGCCAUUACCAUCACCAUCAUCACUGUUACCAUCACCAUCCUCAUCAUUCUUACCAUCACCAUCAUGACCCCCGUCACUAUUGCCAUCACCGUCACAUCCCCAUCAUCUUCACCAUCACUGUCACUGUUUACGUCACCGUGA